CAAACUUGCGCCUCACAGUCUCGGUAGCAAACACGACACGCCCGCCGUACUUUGGUUCAUGCCUUCGAGCUCGAGUCCUCUCGAGUCCGACCCCCUGAACAAUCAGAAAUGCGCACCUCCCUAAUGACCGCGACGACCUUGACGAUAUUCCUCCUAUUCACAGCAGCCAUCUCAGCCCUCAUACUCUGUCCCAACUGUGGAUCCGGAACGGUCCUGCAAAGCCAGAUCAUGCAUUGUCGAAUCGAGCAAGUCUGUCGAAUGGGAGUGUCCCAUGGUCCUUGCCCCGGAACGAAGCUGCAAGCCUGGAGGAAGUGCACCUACUGUCCUUGGAGCCUUCCGCUGAUGGGUUACUACAAAUGCGACCUCAUCCAUAACAUCGAUCACUGCUACAAACAACAUCCAAAGAGGAGAAAGUUAUACAGCCCCCCUCAACAGGAGACUACUACUACAACCCCCCCUCCACCAAUAACAACAACAAUAGACUCUAGUAGUGUAGCUGUGUGACAGACUUCCCAUUCGUGUAGGACACUUAAAACUGCCUGUUCUCACUACCGUGUAGCCCAGUUACAAUCAUCAUUUAAAAAAGACACUCUUUCUUGCUUAGCAUACAACCACUCAUUCAAACUUACAUAAUACACACAACUUUAAUAUCUUAUCACUCAAGACUCAAUUACUUUGUCUGAAGGUUUUUUUUUGCAUUGUGGAUAAAACAAAUUUGGUACACAUGGCAUGAGCAAUA